CCUUUCUGAGUGAUGACGCAGUCAGGGGAAAGUGUGAGGAACGAGAAAGGGUGUCCCGUCCGCACUAGCACAGACUGCACCGAACAGCUGCAGCCUAGGUUCACAUAGAGUUUCACAGCAUUGCGAGUAGUACACAUAUAAUUUCAUCCCAAAACCUAUAGAAUAACGUUCACACUAACUAAAUAUUAAAAUGGUUGAUCGCGAGCAGCUGGUGCAGAAAGCCAGGCUGGCUGAACAGGCUGAAAGGUAUGAUGAUAUGGCAGCUGCCAUGAAAUCGGUAACAGAGCUGAAUGAGGCGCUAUCUAAUGAGGAGAGGAACCUCCUGUCUGUGGCCUAUAAGAAUGUGGUCGGGGCCCGUCGUUCCUCUUGGAGGGUGAUCUCUAGCAUCGAGCAGAAGACCUCUUCAGAUGGAAAUGAGAAAAAGAUUGAGAUGGUUCGGGCCUACAGAGAGAAGAUUGAGAAGGAGCUAGAGACUGUGUGUCAGGACGUGCUCAACCUGCUGGAUAACUACCUGAUCAAGAACUGCAACGAGACGCAGCACGAGAGCAAGGUGUUUUACCUGAAGAUGAAAGGCGACUACUACCGCUACCUGGCUGAGGUGGCCACGGGCGAGAAGAGGGCCACCGUCAUUGAGUCAUCAGAGAAGGCUUACAACGAGGCCCAUGAGAUCAGCAAAGAGCACAUGCAGCCCACCCACCCCAUCCGCCUCGGCUUGGCUCUCAACUACUCUGUGUUUUACUACGAGAUCCAGAAUGCCCCUGAGCAGGCCUGUCAUCUGGCCAAGACCGCCUUCGAUGACGCUAUUGCUGAGCUGGACACCCUGAACGAGGACUCCUACAAAGACUCCACUCUCAUCAUGCAGCUGCUCCGAGACAACUUAACACUGUGGACAAGUGACCAGCAGGAUGAUGAGGGAGGGGAGGGCAACAAAGAUUAAUAAACCACACUUAGAAAAGAUAUAUAAUGAAGGGCCGGUGGGCUUUGGCAGGCGCUUUUGCUGAUGAUCUUACCGCAGCAGUUCUUUAUUUUUCCAUGUGUUAAAAUAAAAGAAUCAAAAGAAAGGUGAGGGGAGGUUACAUCUUAGGCUAAUAUAUAUAUCGAUAUAUAUGGUUGAAAGGGCCUCCGUCUUCUUGAUUUUAUCUUUGACAUUUGCCAAAACCACUGAAAUGUCAGUCAAUCCUGAAGUGGUUGUUGUUGGAUUGGUUUGGCAGUCUCACACUGGCAUAGGGACUGGUGUCGUACCAAGGGAAGCUGCUUAGUUAGGUUUAUGCAUGAUAGAGAUGCAGACACUUGAGGAAGGGGGGAAGUUUGCAAAUAGUUUGCAAUGGUUCCAGUACUAGCAACUCAGCCACUUUUCAACCUCAUAUUCAUUAUCUCAGCACCAAACCAGUGUCUACUUAUGUGAAAACAUUGCGUUUCUAUGAUCUGUGGUUAAAAAGAUAAGAAGAAAGGUCCUAAAAAAAUGAUUCUGUGACGUCACAGAAUUUCUAGCCAGAGAUGGGUUCUUGCUCCCCACGUCACCGCAAAUCUCAUAGUGUUUGAAAAUCACUUUUUUUGUUGUGAAUUUGAACAUGAAUUAUGCCUCUAUUUUUUUUGUACCUAAUGAUCAAUGAAAACUUGCUCGGUAGGUCUGUCCUCAUUGUGGUUUUACAGGCGUGUUUAAUACGUCUUAAUAACACACUUCAUUUGAAUAUUUAUGACAUGCGUAUCUGGUAGCACUUAUUUGUUUUUCCUUCGCCUCCAACCCCUUUCGAUGUGGGUGGGGCUAGGUCUACAUAAAGGUGCUAGUUUUAAAAAACCUCACAAAAGCUCUGAUGAAGGCCGUGAGGCCGAUACAUAAGCUUAUUAAAGAUCAGUGAUACUAUCAAGAGCAGUGUUUCGUUUUUCAUUCAAAAUCACAGUUUUUAAAAUGUUGACACUUUUGAUGUCAUCAGGUAGAACAUUUUAAUGCUAUUUUUUUAUAUAUUUUUUUAAGUCAACAAAACAUACAUUUUCACAUAUGUAGACAUUGGUUUAGUGCUGGAGAUGAUGAAUAUGAGGUUUGAAAAGUUGCGGAGUUGCCCUUUAAGUUAUAUCACUCACUCUUGAAGGGAGUGCAGGACAGCCAAGAAAAUGCUAAUAGUAUUAAUCUGACCAAAUCAACUAGAAAAAGUCAAAUGCAGAUGUUUGGUUAAAAUGUUUGAUGUUUAUUGUAAAGGAUAAAAUACUGUUAUCAAUUUACUCUUUCACAUGACUUCUAGUUUUAGGUAUAUUUGGCAUUAAAUCUAAUGUGACUGUCCUCUGACAGCUCUAAAUAUGAUACUGGAACCAUGGCUUAACCUCCAAUAGAGUCUAUCUAAAGGCAGAGACAGUUUAAAACUGAGUCAUUAUGUUAAAGCAGCUGCGGAGUUUGUGGUUUACUUCUGUGUUUGUUUUAUUAAAUGCACUUGCCUACUACACUGUUUCUUCAGUGUAAGAUGAUUACUACAAUAAUAUCGAUUAUUCAGUAUUGUGCAUGCUGGUGAAGUAUUUAAACAUACAGUAGCUUGACUUUAUUAACUUAUACUGUGGGUGUUAAGUAUUCAUAUGAUUGAGAAAACAUAGGCUUUGUCUGAUUAUUUCUUAUUUAUAACUUAUUCAUAUUUUUAUUUUUUUUGCUAUAUCAAAAUGUUGAUCGUAAAAAUGGACAUGUUAUGAGCAUUGCUAUAGUGACAUGCAAUAUGUAUUUAAUUUGUUAAUGGAAGGGGAAAAACACACCGGUGAUUGCUUAAUCUUACCAACUGGUGUUUGUCAUGUUAAAUUAUAAUAAUUGCUUUGUCACAUUAAAUUAUAAUAAUGGCUUUGUCAUGUUAAAUUAUAAUAAUGGCUUUGUCACAUUAAAUUAUAAUAAUGGCUUUGUCACAUUAAAUUAUAAUAAUGGCUUUGUAAAACAAAUACUUUGUUCUUUGAACUAUUUGAUGACUUAUUUUGUCAUGUUAUUAACCAGUUUGAACAAUGGUGAAGUUUUCAGAAUCUGUUUCUGUUAUGAAUUCACCACAUGGACCACAAUAUAUUUCUGACAGUAUACAUUUUUUUGGUUUGUUUUUAUACCUUUUAGCUGUUUGAGUGACGAAUAUCUUGAAUGUGAGUCAUUAUGUAGCAGUUGCACAAGAAACGAGAACUAUGAUUCUAAUUUAAAAAAACUAUAUGACAAUUUAUAAAUGCACCAUUUCCAUGGCAGUCUGGUGUAUUGUUGUAAUGUCACUAAGUCAACGUUUGUGUUUUGUUGUAACCUCGUGUGUGCUGCUAGUAUGCUAUUCUUGAAAUAGUUGAUUCAGCAUACUCCAUAGGCAUCCUCCAUAACCAUAUAUGGAAAAAGAGAAUUAUAACAACACAAUAAAAACCCACUUAUGCUUUUAGAUCCACACAAACUUGCAUGACUCCAGUGCAGUGAAUGCACAUUUAUGCUCAUGCAAUAUAAUGCAAAAGCUAGUCAAAUAAUAGCUGGCUAUUAGGACUUCAGGUUGAAGCAGACAGGGAGAGUCAUUUGUCAUACACUGUUAACAUGAUUUACCACCGAGGGUUGAAUGUCCCAACUGAAUGAUUCCCACGAGGACAAAAGAACAGAUCUAAAUGAUCUAGGACUUUAACAGUGUCCCAAAUGCCACCCUCUUCCCUAUAUAGUGCACUACUUUUGACCAGAGCCCUAUGGGGUCUUGGUCAAAAGUAGUGCACUAUAGGGUGCCUAUAGGUGCCUAUAGGGUGCCAUUUGGGACGCCAUUUAUUCUUUAACUCAUUGUACAUCGCACAUCCUCUGAGCUAACCAUGUAUCCGAAUAGAUAUUGCUGAGGAUCUUGUUUUCCAUUUUGCUGCUAUGUUCUAGAUUUUAUUAGAUUUAUAAUCUUGAUCAUAAUUGGCCAAAACUCAGCAAUUUAUUAUCUGGCCAUUAUCUGCCCUGGCAAACCCAAACACCUUGAGGUGUGUCCGAUUUAGAUAUUUAUAUUCAUAAACCUAGGGUGUUACUUUAUGCCAUUCAUCUAGUGCCAUCAACAGAGAGACAGUGUUAUACCUUCCAUUUUUGCCAUGCUAAUCUAAGAACGGUUAACACAUGUCAUUUAGUAAGUACAGUUAACACAUGUAAUUAAACCUGGUACUUCAUUAAUUUACAUAGUCCCUUCUGGUAUACAAGGCCACUUUGGAACCCUGUAUGUUACUUUUCUCUCUGUAUGUCAACGUAGAUGGUGAGAGUUAACAAUUCAGAUUGCUUUUCCUCUGAAAUAAACUUUAAUUUGCUUGGUGUAGAUUUUUGGACACAUCAGAAGGGAUGGUUCAUUCAUUAAGUACAUGUUUUGUUUGUGUUUUUAUUUUAUUUUCAAUUUGUUCAUUCAGAUCCUUGUGUCUGUAAGUUCAGGCAGAACACCACUGUAACAUGUAUGCUCUCUUUUCUCUGAAAUUAAAUUAAACUUCCAUUGAAUCAA